AUGAUGCGAGCAGCGAGAUACUAUGGCAUAGAGGACAUCCGUGUCGAGCAAGUUCCUCUCCCUUCUGUAAAGCCCGGGCAAGUCAAGGUUGCUCCGGCGUUUGUCGGUAUCUGUGGAACAGAUUUACACGAGUAUUUAGGAGGCCCAAAUUUCUGUCCAACGACACCUCAUCCCAUCACCAAGGAAUCUAUUCCUGUCACUCUUGGACACGAAUUCUCUGGCAUCAUCACCGAAGUCGGCCCUGAUGUCGAAGGCUUUGAAGUCGGUCAACCCUGUGCUAUUCAGCCAACGCUGUUCUGCGGUCACUGCGCAGCCUGCCACAAUCAUGCCGAGAAUGUCUGCCACAGUGGUGGCUUUAUAGGCUUGAGCGGAAGCGGCGGUGGAUUAAGCGAAGCUGUUUGCGUCAAUGCCACACAUGUCCAUCCUCUUCCUCGGGAUCUGCCCCUGGAGAUUGGAGCGCUUGUUGAGCCUCUCUCGGUUUCGUGGCAUGCGAUGACGGCAGCGCCAGAGAUCAACUCCAGUUCCAAGGUUGUCAUUCUCGGAGGUGGUCCCAUUGGCUUGGCCAUGAUUUUAUGUCUGAAAGCAAAGGGCGUCAGCGAAGUCAUUCUUUCAGAGGUAGCCAUCUCACGACAGAACUUUGCAAGAGAGCUUGGUGCUACGCGUGUCGUGAACCCGAUAGAGGAGAACCUCAACGAGAUCGUGCUUGGCUUGACUGAUGGUAAGGGUGCCGAUGUGGUGUUUGACUGCGCUGGUGUACCGAUGAGUAUCAAAAGUGCUUGCGAAGUCGUCAGGCCCAAGGGCACUGUGGUUAACCUCGCUAUCUGGGAGAAGGAAGUUCCCUUCAACCCAAACUGGAUCACGAUGAAGGAAAGCUCAUACAAGUCCGUACUGGGUUAUGCUCGUGAAGAUUUUCAGGCUGUCAUUGCAAAUCUUGCUUCAGGUGCUAUAAAGCCAAGACAGAUGAUCACGAGAAAGAUAAAGCUCGAAAAUAUUGUGGAGGAUGGAAUAAAAGCACUAAUUCAUGAUAAGAAUAACCAGGUGAAGGUAUUGGUGGAUAUGAGCGACAAAUGA